AUGGAACGGGCCAUCGGAGGGAAGGGCCUGACAUCUCACAUCGCUGGAGUUUCAGACCCCCCGCCGAUUACCGAUCCAAUCUAUCCGGUAUGGCAGCAACGCAAUCAUUGUUGUUUUAACUGGAUCAUAAACAAUAUCGAGGCCAACCUUGUGAAUGAAGUCUCACAGUACAAGACGGCCAGAGAUCUGUGGGAAGGACUGGCCACUACCUACGGAAGCGACGCAGAUCCGUUCCAAGUCUCGAACCUGCAUCGAAAAGCAUACAGAAUGAAGCAAGGAGGAAUAACAUUAGAGGCAUUAUGGCAAAAAUUUCAGGAUCUUUGGCUAUCCAUCGACAACCGCGAUCCAAAUCCUUUUGACACCCCAUCAAGCAUCGAAAGGUAUAAUCAAAUCACCCAAAGGCACAGAGUCUACCAAUUUUUGUGGGCACUCGACGAUCAGUACGACACCAUCAAGAGAGAAAUCCUGAACAAGGAUCCACUCCCAUCGGUGAGAACAGCCUACGGCAUGAUAAGGCGAGAGGCAGUCAACGCCAACAUUCGUUCAUCCAAGACCGAAGCCAAGGAGUCCGAAAUUGGAAUUGGCCUCAGUGCCAUCGACAGAAACCUGAACAACCAACAACCCUCCAAAUUUCAGACAAAUCGGAAGGAUGACGACAAGAGUAAACUCGUAUGCACACAUUGCGGGGGAAAGAAGCACACCAAGGAUACCUGUUUUCUGAUACACAGGUAUCCGGAGUGGUGGGAGGAGAUGAAGAAAUCGAGGGCCAAUCGAAGCUCAAACCGAGGAGGAAGUUCAAACUGUGCAUCCGUGGCAGUCGGAGAGCGAGCUACCUACACCGAAGGACCUCCGGUGGACAGCAUCACACCAUCCGCCGCAAUCGGAGAGGACAGAAUCAAGCGAAGCAACGACGACAACAACGGGGCAGUGGCGUCGGUUUCGGUGGCCAGAACCUGGUCUGAAGGUAUGAAACCAGGUUCCACCGCCGGCGGCGGUCGAACGACGACAGCCGAUGGGCCGAUCGGAGGAAAGGCCGGCGACCCAAAUGAGAGGAUACGAGUUAAAUCCCUCAUUCUCUCCAAAAUCCAAAUUUUACCCACCCAUGUUUCCUAUAUUUCAAAAUCCACCCCAACCGACCCAGAAAUUCCAAAAUCCUCCCCAUUUUUCCCAGAAAUUCCAAAAACCACCCCAUUCUUCCCAGAAAUACCAAAAACCACCCCAGAACUUCCAUAA